AUGUCGGUCGACUCAGAUGAGUCUGACAAGAUCCUGAAAUGCGUCCGAGCGCUACAGGAGACUUUCCCAGCCGAUUUCGUAUUAUUUGGUGGUGCAGCUGUACAAUUUCAUGGCCACGAAAGGGUUACAUAUGACGUAGACAUCUUGGUCCGGCCCAAGACUGUCAUCGACUCCCUCAAGUCAGUUCAAGGCUUCGAGGGGAUGGCAGGGAAGCUCUCGUACCGAUCAGUUCUAAUCAAUCUUCUUACUACAAUCGACGACCGCUUUAUUAGGUGCUUCUAUCUUCGCCCAGAAGAUUCGGCAGGCGCCCAAAAGCAGAAAGCUGAUCUGAUGGAUGCUGUCUUCUGGGCGAAGUUGCUUGAAAAGUCUGGAGAGAUGAUCUCAGACAUUUGUGCAGCACAGUUUAAGAUCGGUUGCUAUCAUGCUCUCUUGAUCCGACUAAACCUGAAGCCAGACCCCUUCCAGAAGCUGCUGGACGUAGGCCUUGAGCGGCUUGUCAUUCCAUGGGAGGAUAACACGCUAGAGCAGAAGGAGUAUUACUCUCUACUUGCUACUGAAGGAACUGAUCCGUUGACCACCCCUCUGGACAAUGAGCUAUACGAGGAGUUUCUUAUUGGCGAUGAGCCAAUCACUGAUUGA